AUGGCGAGAUCGCUCAAGAAAUCAGUCAAGUUGAGGCUAAGACAUGUCCGGAUCCGUUCUUCAUCAAUCAGGUUCAAACCGGAUGCGAGUUCCAUAGAGAGGGACCAAAGAAUCGAGUUUCUCGGAGGAGACAAUGGUGUUGUUGAAGAGGAAAACGACGGUGAUAGCAGCAGCAGCAGCGAGUAUGAGGAGCUUGAAGAGGAGGAGGAGGAAGAAGAAGGAGAAGAAAGAGAUCAAGGAGAAGAAGAAGAACAAGAUGAUGGCAAGAACGUUGUAAGCGGUGACAAAUGCGAACGCGAAGAGACUACUGUGGUGGCGGUUGAAGCGGCAGAGGCGGAGAUAACCGAGGCCGGGAACAGAGUAAUGGUGGUGGUGGACAAAGUGAUUGCUUCCACCGGAGCUCUUGAAUGGGCUUUGAAGCACACAUUACAAUCACAAGACUAUCUUUUCCUCUUAUACUUCUCCAAGCCCUUUAGAAAAGGCAAAAGAAAGAACCGAAAACGUGAAGUUAAGACUGACGAACUCGUCCAUACUCUAAAGAAACUCUGCCAAACAAAGCGUCCCGGAAUAGAGGUAGAGAUAAGAAGGCUAGAAGGGAAAGAUAAAGAGAAAGGAGAGAAGAUAGUGGAAGAGGCUAAAGAACAGCAAGUGAGUCUCUUAGUGGUCGGAGAAGAGAAGAAACCUCCGGUUUGGAGGUUAAUGAAGAGAUGGGGAUGGAAGAAACGGAGAGGCAGAGCCGGAGUUCUCAAGUAUUGCCUUGAGAAGGCUUCUUGCAUGACCAUUGCUGUUAAACCAAAGAACCGUAAGCUUGGUGGUUAUUUGAUCACAACCAAACGUCACAAGAACUUUUGGCUCUUAGCUUAA